GAACAGUUCAUGACAGUCAAUAAACUGAAGGUUGCGCAAUGCAUCAUUAUGAACGAAAAUCAGACUCCACAAAAGAAGCGAUAGCAGCUAUUUUGUAUUUAAAUCGUGAGAUCAGAGUAAAAAAGAACGUCUAAAGACGUCAAAUUACAACGUCAGAAUAUGACGUCUUGAAACGUUCAUUUUCUGCAUCUAAAGGCGUGCAGUUUUGCUGCGUUAACAUGUAAAAAAUGCCGUGUUAAGGCAAAAAUGACCGCGAUUAGGCGUAAGACGUUUUGGCACCGUUGGCGUUCCAUAUUUAGAUGACAUCAAUUAGAAGCGACGCGCCAAGGAAGGACCCUGAGCUAGAGCACGUUGACAGACAUCUUUGUUAGCUAACGCUACCUAAAUAACAUAGUUUUCUAUCGAACAGAGUAUUUUUAUGCUAGGCUGCUAGCUGCGGACUUCUUCAUGCGAAGCACUGGGGAUCGGGUUGACAAUUGUUAUAUUCUAGCUAGCUAACUGUCCACAAUAACGUCGGGAAGAUGUCUGUCACUGAUAUGUUCAGCAACAUUCAAGGUUUCUUAAGUGCAGAUCAAGACAUCAGAGAGGACAUACGAAAAGUCGUCCAAGUCUUGGAGCAGACGGCAAGAGAGAUUUUGACUGUGCUUCAAAGUGUCCAUCAACCAUCUGGCUUUAAAGACAUUCCUAGUAAAUGUCGUCGGGCGCGGGAAUUGUUCUGCACAGUAAGAAAUCAUAUUGGAGAUCUGAAGACUAAGUUUCCCGCCGACCAGUACUACAGAUUUCACGAGCAUUGGAGGUUUGUUCUGCAGCGGGUGACUUUCCUGGCGGCUUUCGUUGUUUACCUGGAAAGUGAAACUUUGGUGAUCCGAGAGGAAGUGGCUAAGAUACUUGGCAUUGAAGUAGACAGAGAGAAAGGUUUUCACCUGGAUAUUGAAGAUUACCUAGCUGGCGUUCUGAUCAUGGCCAGUGAGCUGUCCAGACUGGCGGUAAACAGCGUGACGUCCGGGGACUACAGCCGGCCGCUGCGCAUCUCCAGCUUCAUCAACGAGCUGGACUCGGGCUUCCGUCUGCUCAAUCUGAAGAACGACCCGCUCCGCAAGCGCUACGACGGCCUCAAGUACGACGUGAAGAAGAUCGAGGAGGUGGUCUACGACCUGUCCAUCCGAGGCCUGACCAAGGACCCCGAGACAGGCGGAGACAAGUAAGGCGGGGAAAAGAUGCGGCCCGUCCGACUGGGACAGUGGAGACUGACCUGCUGCCUGGACCGACGCGCCUCCAGAGGGGUGCGAUCUGCGCCGUUCGGGGAAAUCGUGGCGGUCCGCCUUCCAGGGGUCCUCCAUCCUUCUCACACAGCUACCGGACUUUGCAAAGCCUUCACUUGUAUUUUGCUUCAAAUGCCAGUUAACUUUUUUCUUUUUUGUUGUUGUUCUUGUUAUUGAACCUAGUGAGGUCUGUAUUAGCCGUCAGACUAGUCAAACGUCUGUUGUAUAGCCGCACCCGAAGAGGCAUUGGAACUUUGUUAAAGUCCUUCUGAGUGACAUCCAGAAGUUGUCCAACUAAGUUUUGAUUAAAGCACUUACAGGUUUAGAAACAAUUAAGAUACCAGUGAUGAUUCAUGUAGACAAGCAUGGGCAUAUCUUGUGCAAUUCUGCCAAAGUCAACCUGUAUCUUUUCAGAAUGUUUUGUGAGAAAUGCUUUAACUGAAUGCAACAGGGUUGUGUUGUGCGAUCAGUAAACUCUCGUCUUUUUCCAA